GAGGGGGCGGGGCUCCGCCGGCCGCUCGGGUGCUUCCGGGCUGGCCCCGGCGGUGACGUGUCGGCGGGUUGACAGCGCCGGGAGGCAGGUGGCGGCGGGGGCCGCGCGCCAGGCGGCCACUUCCGGGAGUUUGGAAUAAGCCGUUUCAGACAAACAGGCUCCAUUUAACCAAAACAAUGUUUGCGGAUUUGGACUAUGAUAUUGAGGAAGAUAAGCUGGGGAUCCCCACUGUACCUGGGACAGUGACUCUGAAGAAGGAUUCCCAGAACCUGAUUGGGAUCAGCAUUGGGGGAGGAGCCCAGUACUGCCCCUGUCUCUACAUUGUCCAGGUAUUUGAUAACACUCCAGCAGCCUUAGAUGGCACCGUAGCAGCUGGUGAUGAAAUCACAGGAGUGAAUGGGAAGUCCGUGAAAGGGAAGACCAAGGUGGAGGUGGCCAAGAUGAUACAGAUGGUAAAGGGAGAAGUGACGAUACACUACAACAAGCUUCAGGCCGACCCAAAGCAGGGCAAGUCUUUGGAUAUUGUAUUAAAGAAGGUAAAGCAUCGACUGGUAGAGAACAUGAGCUCAGGGACAGCGGAUGCCCUGGGAUUAAGCCGGGCCAUACUUUGCAAUGAUGGACUAGUGAAGAGAUUAGAGGAGCUGGAGAGGACUGCAGAGUUAUACAAAGGCUUGACAGAGCACACCAAGAGUCUUCUCAGGGCUUUCUUUGAGCUAUCUCAGACACACAGAGCAUUUGGAGACGUUUUCUCUGUCAUUGGUGUACGGGAGCCUCAACCAGCUGCCAGUGAAGCCUUUGUGAAAUUUGCUGAUGCCCAUCGCAAUAUUGAGAAGUUUGGGAUUCACCUUCUGAAAACAAUUAAGCCGAUGCUUACUGACUUGAAUACGUAUCUUAAUAAAGCCAUUCCUGACACAAGGCUGACUAUCAAAAAAUACCUGGAUGUCAAGUUUGAAUAUUUGUCUUACUGCCUGAAAGUCAAAGAGAUGGAUGAUGAAGAGUACAGCUGCAUUGCUCUGGGUGAACCCCUCUACCGUGUCAGCACUGGGAACUAUGAAUACCGCCUUAUCCUGCGUUGCCGGCAGGAGGCUCGAACACGCUUUGCCAAGAUGAGGAAGGAUGUGCUAGAGAAAAUAGAGCUCCUGGACCAGAAACACGUGCAGGACAUCGUGUUCCAGCUCCAGCGUUUUGUCUCCACAAUGUCCAAGUACUACGACGACUGCUAUGCCGUGCUCCGAGAUGCGGACGUCUUUCCCAUUGAGGUGGACCUUGCCCGCACUACUCUCAACUAUGGGCAGAAGGACACGUACACAGAUGGGGCGGAAGAAGAAGAAGGAGGAAGCGAGAGAGAGGGUAGCGGGAAGGAGGACACAAAUGGUGAAAAGCUCAUUGAUGGUGUCUGAGCGUGCCCACAUGGCCAGAGGAAAGACUUUGUGGACUGUUACGAAAACAUGUAUUUCACAUGGCGAUUCAUCCUCCAUGAUUUCUGUGUAUGUCUGGCCUGGGAUUCCUCCUCUGCUUUGGGUGGGGGUAGCUGGUUGGAUUGGGACCAACCUCUGCUUUCUGCUGUCUUCCCUUGCUUGUUUGCCUGGACAUUCCUUUUUCCCCACUUCUGCUGCCCAACUCGAGUACUGAGGUGUGGGGAGGAAAAUCCCCUACUGCACCGCCACAUGACUCUGUGCAGCCGGGACACUGCUGAGCAUGUGGGGUGCACCACUCCCCACUGGCAUAUGGAAGCCAGUUAAACAUCUGCAGAUGCCCCCUUCUGUCCUCCCCUUGUGCUAUGGGCAAGAGUUAGCACCAGCAUUGUUUUCUUCACCCCACUGCUCGCUAUCUUCAAGCUUCCCAUUCACCGGCCUGUUUCAAGCUUCCUCUGUCUCUCCCAUCUGUCUUCAUGGGACGCAGGAACAACUUUUGUAGGAUGAACACUCCCACCACUCCCAGCUCUCUGCGCCAGUGUUUUUAAGAAAUACACGUCUGAACUGAUGCCUAGAAGUGGUGGUGGUACAUGUGAUGUGAUCACCCCCGCCUCCAUCCAAGGGGCUGGGGAAACCCCUCAAAGCAGGGGCUGGUGGAAGUAGCUGCCUAAGAUGCUGAGCUGCUGCAGCGAUGAAGUGUCUUCCCCUGGCUGCCAUCCUCUUCAUAGUCCCUGAGCUCCUGCACAGCUGGCACUGUCUGCACACUCCAUAGCUAUACCUCAGAGCUAGAAUCCUGCAGGAUACUGCUUUGCCCUUCCCUGGGGACCUGGCUCAGGAAGGAGCCCCCUACUCAGCAGAGAUGCUGAGGUGAGAAUACUUGUCUGAGGCAGAUGGGUUCCUGGAAUAACAGCAAAGCUGCACACAUUUCCUUUCCGUUGUUCUCUUCUCUUAUGGCACCUUGUAAUGGACAGUAACGAAGUGUGUUUCUUGAGAUUGUGCAGCCAGUCCUGCACACUUUUUCCUUGUGCAGGUGCCAGGAGGAGCCACCUUAGACCCACAAAGGAGAUAUCCCAUCCUUAAACCAGAGGGGAGAGACAGGAAGCCUUGUGAGGAGUGGAAGAUGCAGCCUGUAGGCAGAGGCCUACAGAGACUUUUUUUAGUGCAAAGCGUGAAUAGCAUGCCAUCCCCACUGUCCGCACAACCAUUUGGUGCCGCCUCUGGGCCAGCUGUAAGCAGUAGCUAACAUCCCAUUCCCCAGCACGAGGGAAGGGGGGAAAAGAAAACCAAGGUAAGUGAGGCUGCUUCUUUCCUCCUUCCUUUUCUCUUCUCCUCCCUCCAUCCCUGUGGGCUGAUCCCAGAUGCAGACGGGCCUUUCUCUUUUAGCAGUCAGCACAACUGCCAGGAGUGGUGUGCUUCUUCGAGGCAAGGAUUUUGACUUCUCUGUCAUUACAUUUUAGUGGUCAUGAGUGAAGUUAAAGGGCAUUAAUUUAUGACCAAGAUGUUUGUUUUGUUUUGUUCUGUUUUCUUUGAUUUGUUUUUGGAGGUUCGUCAUCUCUGUGGGUGCCUGGAAGAAAGCCACCCAUGGUCAAGCUGCUCUGGAAGAUUUAAAUGGGCUCUGAUGUACUGACUGUUGUCUCUAACAAAGAAAAAUGUGACAUUUCAUUUCCUCUCCUUCGUGGGUUUUCUGCAGAGAUUUGUUUGCUCAUCCUCCAUUGGUUUUAAUCUUAAAAUAUAAUGAUGGAAAGAUGA